AUGGCACCGGUCCAUGUUCUUGAUGAUUACUAUCUCGCGAUCAGUUUCUUGAUCACUCUUGGAUAUCAAGCCAUUUUCUUUGGUAUCUCUGUCGGAUUCAAGACCGAUCAGCUGAACGAUGUUGCUGGCGGAACCAACUUUGUCCUCUUGGCCAUCAUCACAGUCUCUAUGUACGGUGGCCACAAUGCGCGUCAGAUUGUCGACAGCAUUUUCAUAAUGCUUUGGGGAGCACGUCUUGCGGGUUUUCUACUUUUCCGCAUCAUCAAGACUGGCAAGGACGAUCGUUUCGAUGACAAGCGUGGAAAGGUCCUGCCCAUGCUAGGCUUCUACUCCUUCCAAACACUCUGGGUCUGGACAGUCAGUAUGCCUGUGACUAUUUUGAACAGUCCCAUUGUCAACAGAUACCCGCAACCUGCCUUCAACAAAGCUACUGAUAUUUUGGCCGUGAUUGGUUUCGCAAUCGGCAUCAUCAUGGAGACCGUCAGCGACAUUCAAAAGUACAAAUUCAAGCAGAACCACAAAGAGCGUGGUGCUGUAUGCAACAAAGGCUUCUUUGCCUGGUCUCGCCAUCCUAACUACUUCGCCGAGAUUCUCAUCCAAUUCUCCAUCUUCAUGCUUGCCGUCACUCCUGCGUCUUACAACUAUGUGCAUGGCGGCGCAAAGGCAGCUCUGUUCGCCAGUAUUGUCGGACCAAUCUUCUUGACAACAUUGCUGAUGUUCGUGUCCGGUCUGACUCUACAAGAACGUCCUGGAGCCAAGAAGAGAUAUGAAAAGGGAGAAGGCUGGAACGAGUAUGCUGCUUACCUCCACCAAACCAGCAUGCUCAUUCCCUUCCCGCCAGCCCUCUACAAGAGGAUGCCUGUCAUUCUCAAACGAACCUUGUUCCUCGAGUUCCCGAUCUAUGUGUUCGACCCAGCAAAGCAUGCAGACCAGGAAGCUGUGCAGAGAAACGCAGAGGAAGGACACAAUUGA